GGAAGGGAGACCUGUUCCUCAGCUGCCAGGUCAGAAGCCACUCAGCGAGCAGGAUUGCCCAACCCACCUGACUCGGGAGAGCUCCCCAGGUGGAUGGAUCUCCAUGGAGCGUGACUGAGAGCCCUGCUAUUUGGAGCACAGCACCCGGCAGAAGCAGCUGGAAGCCAGCGUGGCCUCCCUUCCCUUCUGGGCCUUCUCCGCCGAGGCUGCUGGGCAGCGGUUCCCGGACAGAGCAAAUCCCAGGGGGUCACCGAGUCAUGGGGUUCCUGGCCAAGCGCCCUCAGAGCCUCUACCGGCAGGAUCAAGCGCCGUGAUCAGAACCCCGACCCGACAGCCUCCAUCUGCGGCCCAGGACAGCCCACGGGAGGGGGGAGUUCUGGCCACCUCCAGCGCUCCUGCUGCGACGCCACCCGCCCUCCCCAUGAGCCUGCGCGAGUCCCCCUAUGCCAGCCCCUUCUUGGCGGGCCUGGACACGGUCCUCCGAGGCCUCCUCUUCCCCACCUACUGGCUGGUGAGCCAGCUGCUGGCCUUGCAGCAGACCACGGCUGAGAAGCAGGCCCGGCAGGGCAAGCCGUGCCCGCCCUACGCCCUGCAGGCCCUCCUCAAGGGGACGGCCAUUGUGCCCUUGCUGCUCCUCUCCCUCCCCUUGGCCCUGGUGGCCUUCCUGGCAUGGCUGCCCCUCCAGGCCGCCAGGCGCCCCUUUGCCUACCAGCGCACAGGUGACCGGGCUCUCCCGGAAGAGUGGUCGCUGCCUGGCCAGGAGAGGGCCUUCACCUUCAUCACCAGCAACAUCUGCCUCCUCCCGGAGGGCCUGGCCCGGUUCAGCAACUUGGCGCAUACACAGUGGCGUGCCAAGCACAUUGCCCAAGUCCUCCUGUGGGCAGCCCGCCUCUCCUCCCGGCGGCGGAGAGACUCCAUCUCCAGGAGUUCCUCUGGCAGGCAGAAAUACGGAGCCAUGGAGUCCAGCCCCCCCCAGAGCUGCCAGAGGCCCCUUCGGCUGGAUGCCACUGACGUAACCAUCGAAAUGCCCGGGGAAGAGCAGGGCAAAGCCACGCUGCCAGGCGAGAUCACCGCCUGCUUCCCCCCGAGCGCAGACUUUGUUUGCCUGCAGGAGGUGUUUGACCUGAGAGCCUCCACUCACCUGCGACGCCUGCUUGGCUCUUACUACGGGCACAUCAUCUAUGACGUGGGCACCUACGGGCUGGUGGGCUGCUCUGCCCCGAAGCUCCUGAACAGUGGACUCUUCGUGGCUAGCCGCUACCCUGUGUUGGCCGUGCAAUACCGCUGCUACCCGAAUGGCACCAAGGAAGAUGCCUUGGCCGCCAAGGGACUGCUCUGUGUGCAGGUCCAGCUGGGAACGUCCCACGGGCAAAGGAUUGUGGGAUACCUGAACUGCACCCACCUGCAUGCUCCAGAAGCUGACGCGGAGAUUCGGUGCGACCAGCUGAACCUGGGCUUGCUUUGGGCACAGCUGUUCCAAGACGCCAACGCGCAGCCGGGGGACGUGGUGGCCUUUGACAUCUACUGUGGAGACCUCAACUUUGACAACUGUUCUGCAGGUGACGAGAUGGAGCAAGGCCACCAGAUCUUUAACCUGUACACGGAUCCGUGCCGCCUUGGACCCCGGAAAGACAAGCCUUGGGCUAUUGGCACCCUGAUGGACUACCUGGAGAUCUACGCCAAAGCUGUGUCAACCCCAGAGAACAUGAAGAGGACUCUGGAGCAGCCGGAAGGGCGGCAGAAGUACCUGGCCGGGCCUGUCCUGGCCGACGGAAAACCCGACCUCUCACUGACCAGCUGCGAAGGGCGUCGCCUCGACUACAUCCUUUACCGGGAGCACCCGGGGCCCUUGGCGCUGAACACCGUGGUGGAGAAAGCCUCCUUUAUCACUCAUCUGGCCACCUGCGCUGACCAUUUGCCCUUUGGGCUGCGGCUUCUGGUGACUUGCACGGAACAGCCAGAAGUGUGAACUCUGCCCACGGCCAAGCAAGGAAGGCGCCAGAAGACCCUGGGCAGGAGAAGUCAAACCUCCUCAGACCAUCACUGUGGAAGGGCCAGCACUCCUAUGCCUGCUGUGACUGGGGUGUAAACCCCCCCCCUCCGGUCCAGUGCCAGGCAGCAGAGUGGUGGCAGGGCAGGCAGGAGGAAGGAGCCACUUUCAGGGGCAAUAGACGCUCCUUGCCACGUCCCUUGAGGAGGCAGAAGCUGUGGAAAGCCUCUCUGCUGAGCCCAGGCCGGAAACAUUGCCAGCGUUCGCCCUCCCUUUGCUGCGGUGGGUUCCCCUAGUGAGCCUGUCAGCUGAAUGUGACGGGCCGGGUGUUGCUCAGUGACGUUUUCACAACUGGACUACAGCACCACGAAGCCCAGACGGGGUGCUGAGACUCACCGGCCUCUCAGGCAACAUCUCGAGGCAGCGCUGGCCGUCACGAGAGACGGAUGGGGCCCUUUGUCCUCCCCUGAGACAUGGUUGGCAUCUGACGGAGAGUGACCAUCUUUGGCAGGAGGUCUGGCCCAUUCCCUGCACCCCCUGAGCAGUUUCAGGGUGGCGAUCGGUCUUCUAAAGCUGCCAGCCGUGCCAAAGGGAAUCCCGGCCACGCUGAGGAGCCUUGCCUCUCACCGAAGCAGGACAGAAGCGACACGGGAUUCAGCGUGCGCUGGACACAUUUGCUAAGCCUCCAAAAUCUCGGACCAGCUUCCAAGGACCCCGAGGGAGAGGAUCCCGGAGGACGGGACACUUUCUCCCGGCCCGGAGACUCUCAUGGGCAGAAGGAAGUCCAGGUGCCUACCUUUUGCGUUUCUUCGAGAUCGGGGCAGGGGUGAGGGUGGGGGUCUCAAAGCUCUUGAAGCCUGGCCCCGCCUGUCCUGGCCAUGGCGGUCCUCUCUAAAUGAAGUCCCUGCA